AAUUCAGGCAUCCGCGACUCGGUCGUCAACCAGCUGCUCGCCAAGAUGGACGGCGUCGAGCAGCUCGACAACGUGCUCGUCAUCGGCCUGACCAACCGCGCGGAGCUCAUCGACGCCGCGCUGCUCCGGCCCGGCCGGCUCGAGGUGCAGGUCGAGGUGCCCCGCCCCGACGCGCAAGGGCGG